AGCAUCACCACUUCUCUUUCUUCUCUUUUGCUUUUCUCACCUUCUUGCCUGUGGCAGAUUACACUCUUUACGAGCGCUGUGCAUUGUCGACGAGCUAGACUCAACCAUCUCUCAAUCCAGCCCAUAUCAAACACCAACUCGCUCAGCCGGUCUAGCGAUUUACAACCGAGGAUACCCUUUUCUCACAUCAUUCUUUAUCAGAUAUCAGCAUGUUUUCCCGAGCUACCAUUCUCCUCGGCCUCUCGGCCAGUGCCACCGCGCACAUGAUCAUGAACUACCCAGUUCCUUACGGCAAGGCCACUUUGAACAGCUCUCCUUUGGCACCAGGCGAUUUCCCUUGCAAGCAGCGUCCCGGCGUCUACGACGUCACUGAGAUGAACCAGUGGAACGCUGGAGAGACCAAGACCAUUUCCUUCACUGGUUCAGCAGUUCACGGCGGCGGAUCCUGCCAGUUCUCCAUUACCACCGACCCACAACCCUCCGAGAAGUCGCAAUGGAAAGUUAUCCAGAGCGUUGUCGGUGGCUGCCCGUCCAAUGUGACUGGUAACCUCACGCCGGCUGACCCCGAUGGUCACGGCGCUGCUACUUUCCCCGUUGAGAUGCCCACCGAUAUUCCCGACGGACAAUACACCUUUGCCUGGACCUGGUUGAACAAGGUCGGUAACCGCGAGUUCUACAUGAACUGUGCUCCCAUCCAGGUCGGCAGCGGUGCUGCUAAGGCUUCGACCAAGAGUGUUUCUGCGGCUCUUUCCACCCUUCCCGACAUGUUCGUUGCCAACCUGCCCGCUACUGAGUGCGCCACUGCCGAAGAUGAAGACUUCAACUACCCCGAGCCAGGCAAGAACCUCGUCGAAGGCCACGGCGCUGCCCUCGGUGACAAACUCACUGGUUCUGGAUGCAGCACCAUGACCAAAAUGGGUGCUGGUAACGGCCAGCUCGGAACUCCUACUCAGCCCGAUGCCUCCCAGCCCAAUGCUUCCCAACCUGCCGCCGGACAGCCUGUCGCCUCCCAGCCCGCUGCCAGCAGCCCCCCUGCUGCCACAUCUGGAUACCCUGCCCUUCCACCCAACGGUGGUGGUAUUUUCGCCCCCGGCGCCUCUUCUGCUCCAGCCUCGAAACCCACUCCUGCUCCUGCUCCAGUCGCCCCCAAGCCUAGCAGUGCCCCUGAACAGCCCACCUCCACCGCCGCUCCACAAAAACCAUCGACUCCUCAGACACCAUCGACUCCUGGCAAUGGCAGCAGUGCUCCAUCUGGCGGCAGUGGCUGCCACCCCUGCACCACUGACGGCGCUGUUGUGUGCAUUGGCACCAGCCAGUUCGGCCUUUGCAACCACGGAUGCGCAGUUCCUCAGGCCUUGGCCAACGGCAUGUCUUGCUCUGGUGGUGCUGUUGUUGCUUCGGUCAAGCGCUCCGUCAAGUUCCCCCGCGCCCACCUCCACCGUCGCCACGCUGCCUCGCACUUUAUCUAAGCGCCAUGGCCUGCACAGUGGGCACGCAAGACGUGCCCAUGUAUCAACAUCAGCCACUGGCUACGACACACAUCGCUUGGAGUUCAAACGGCGGUGACGGAAAUGUAUGAAUUGGGUUGGGUGGGAAAUGGGGUUUUCAUGUUUUAUAUACCUCGCUACGUUUGGCGGACACCACUUGGUGCUCGCUGGUGGCACUUCUUCUUCUUCUUCUUUUGUUGUUAGAUUCUUUCGUUCAUGUUUGGCUUUUGACCCAGCCGGCAUGCCUUUUUAUUUCUUGGCUCAAGAGAAGUCUUGUGGUAAGCCUCGUGUCUUCGCGAGCGCAGCAUAUACAUAGCGUACCAGUUGUACAAAAACCAAUCAGAAUGCUCAUUCG